UAUGUUUUUUGAUCAUCCCCUUGCUCUUCUUACGUUUCCUCAACAAAUAUUGCGAGGUUUAUUGUGCAAAUGGUCGCUCGUUCAAUAAACUCAAGUGUUUUUAUACACUAAUUUACUUUAACAUCAAAUUUAUAUCGUAAUAUUCAUCAACUGAUUGUUACAAUUCCUAACAAUAUUUAGUAAUUGUAUAUUAUUUCGAUUAUAUCGUAACCAAUAAUGGUUAAAUUAAUGAAAAAAUUUGUUGUCGGUGAUAAAGUAUUCGCUAAAGUUCGAGGUUACCCGCCUUGGCCAGCUAAAAUACGAAAGCUACCGGAUUCAAAUAAAAAAAACGGGAAAUACGAGGUGUAUUUUUAUGGAACUGGUGAAAAGGGUGAAUGUACUAUUGAUAGAAUAUAUGAGUAUCAUGACAAUAAAGAUAAAUAUGGUAAGCCUAGCAAAGCUAAAAAGUUUCUCGAAGGCAUGCAGGAACUCGAGCAAGAUCUUGAUAAAGACGAAGAUAAAACUCCAUCUAUUACUGAAACUAAAGACACUGCUGCUGAUGAAUCAGAACCAGAAAAUAAUCAAACGACAACUGAGCCCUCUGCAGGUGUCCAAUUAGACAGUGAUAUAGAAACAGGAGCGUUGGUAAUUGAUGAAAGUGAUAAAAAGAAGUCUUUAAAACGUAAAUCUAUACUUAAUAUAUCAAAUACUCCCGAUGCACCAGAAACAAAAAAAAAGCGUGGUCGAGGUAAAACAUUAACGACACCAGUGACAGAAGCGGGAAAUGAUUCUCAAGGUGAAGAAACAACUGGGAAAGAAGUUGUAAGUCGCAGUGGUAGAAAAAUAAAACCUAAACGUUUUGCUGAUUUUUCUGCUGAUGAUGAAUAUGAUUUAGAAACUACUGGACGAGCAAGAGGGCGAGUUAAUAAACACGAUGAGUCUAAUGAAAAUAUAUCGACACAGUCAAAUGCUAAAAAAAGAAUGAGUAUAGAAAAAGACGAUAAAAAGCUCAUGAACAAGGAGAACACAAAUCAUAAUUUAAAAGUCAAACACUAUACUAUGGAGAAACGAUUAUUAGAAUUAGAUGCUCAAAUAAAGUCAUGUUUAUCUUUAGAUCAAGCAGAUACUGAUAAGUGUUUACGAGCAAUGGACGACAUACUUGGUCUUUCAAUAGAUUCGCUAGCGCUGAAAAAACAUUCUCAUAUUGUCGAAACAGUUAAAAGGUUAAGAAGAUAUGUUGGUAAUUUAUCAGAGUGGUCUUUGUCUGAAGAAGCUAUUAAAACAUUUAAACAAAAAGCUGAACAAAUAAGACAAAAAGCUGAAGGAAUAUACAAUAAAUUUAAAGAAUUGUUUACUAUUCCGGAUGGUCAAUCGUUUUGGCAAACAUUUUCAGAACAAGUUAAUCAGUUUAAAGAAAUUACGAAAAAUAUGUCUGACGAAAAAAUAUUUUCACUUAUGGCUGAUCCAACGAAUUCUGAAUCUGCAAAUGUCAAUGACGUGUCAGGUGACGAAGGAAUCACCCAAAAUGAUGCUGCAGCUGAAGGAGAUUCAUCGAUUGAAGAAACAUCAUCUCCAGCCUCCAAGUAACAUUCACCAAUUAAAUAAUAACGAUAAAUAAAUAAAUAAUAAUAAAUAAAAAUAAACCAUCUCUGCCGUUACCAAAUCGUUAUUCGAAUGAAUGGUCCUAAAGUUUUCCAAGAUAAAUAAUAUUCAUAUAUUAUGAAUAUAUUUAUAUUUAUAUACAAGCCUAACAAAAGAUAUUCGAGGUAUUUCUUUGAUUCUGAUUUUAAAUCGUAAUAAUCAAUCUAAUUAUUUUGAAAUAAAUAUACUUAUUUAUCUUCGAUAACUGAGUGACGUUUGUUCCAAGGACAAUUUACGACGCAACACCAUUAGCUGAGCGAUAUAACGCACAAUUAAAUUGGUGAAAUAAUAAAUGAUUUAAAAAUCACGCGAUUUUUAUUUAAUAAUUAUAAUUAUAAUAAUUGUAAUUAUUCUAUAAAAAUUUAACUACCGCAAAUUCAUUUUUUUUAACAACAAGUCUUAGUUACAAAUGACUUAUGUUUAAAAUAACUAUAUAUAUUUAAUAUAAUGUCUUCAUUUAGCAGCAAAUUUUAGUUCUUCAUAUUUACUAGUUAUUUCUUAUAUAUUUAAAUACUAGAUAAUAAAAUAUUAAUAUUUCGUUCAUACAACUUUCAACUAGAGCUUCAUGUUGUUUUAUAUUCGUCAUUACAUUUAAUUAUUUUGUUUGUUUAUUUUAUUUUCUUUUUUUUUUCGUUUUGUUUUUCGUAAUAUUAGUAAGUGAAACUUUAAAAAUAAUAAUUAAUUAAUUAGAUAUUUUAAAUAUUCACUAUUUUGUAUUGAGUCAUUGACUGUUAGUGAAUUAUAUAUAAUAAAUAUGAGAAAAAAUAAAUCAUUACAUUGUAAUAACUCACUUUAUACUAGACCAUUACAUGUAAAUAAAUAUUAAUAUUCAUUUUUUUUUUUAAUUGUCAUAUGCAAGCAAUAAAAUCAUUUUUUUCUUCGAUUUUUCUGAACUAAAUAAAUUUUACUUUGUAAAAAUAACAAGUAAU